AUGCUCGGCGUCUUCAGCUCCGUCUUCGCCAUCCUCACUGCCGCCAUCGCCGUUACUCUCUUCCCUCCGCCAGUACUGACAACAGACACGGAUGCACGAUGCAUAUGCUUUCCGGGACAUGAAUGCUGGCCAUCCGAGGACACAUGGACCACCUCCAACGACACCCUGGGCGGCAAUCUUGUUGCAACCACUCCGUCGGCAGCCCCAUGUCAUGAUAGCGCAUUCGGCGAUUACAAAGCUACAACAUGCAGUCAGCUUCAGGAGGGCUGGACCCUGCCUGACACUCACUAUGCUACUUCGUCUUCGCUCAUGGCACCAUUCUUUGCGAAUCAAAGCUGCGAUCCCUUUGCUGGUAGAUCGUCGCGCUGUAUCAUUGGCGCUUAUGUCAGCUACGCAGUCGAUGUCCGUUGUGCUGACCAUGUACGACGGGCCCUAGCAUCUGCCCAGCGUCACACUGUCCGCAUAGUCAUUAGGAACACCGGCCACGACUACAAUGCCAAGUCUCCGGGUGCGGGCUCGCUCGGGCUCUGGAUGCACAACUCAAAGGAUAUCCGAAUCGCCGAUUACGAAGAUGCGCAUUACAAACGGAAGGCGAUGCGCAUGGGCGCCGGCGUUCAAGGCUUCGAAGCGUACGCAGCCGCGCACAAGGAGAACCUGGCAGUGGUUGGCGGCGAAUGUCCUACUGUUGGCCUCGUCGGUGGCUAUACCCAGGGUGGAGGUCACUCAGCUUUGGGCUCGAAGUAUGGCCUUGCAGCAGACCAAUGGGAAGUUGUUGAUGGUCGAGGCCGACACUUGAUAGCGACUCGCGACCAGUAUGCCGACCUCUUCUGGGCUCUGAGUGGUGGCGGCGGUGGCACGUAUGGUGUUGUUGUCUCCAUGACUGUGAAAGCACACACUGAUCCGCCGACCUCUGGGGGCAACCUGACGUUCACAAGCAAUGGCAUAUCACAGGACCAUUUCUGGGAAGCUAUCAAUGCUUAUCAUGAAUCGCUGCCUGCCAUUGUAGACGAAGGCAUCAUGAGUGUCUCCGCUUUCAGUAACACUUCCUUUGCCAUAACACCAAUGACAGGACCGGGAGUCACCGCUGAGCGCAUGGAAGAGUUGCUGCAACCACUAAUCACCAAGCUCGAAGACCUCAACAUCGACUACACCAAAGUCAUCCGCCAGUUCCCAAGCUACUACGACGAAUUCAACGCGAUGUUCGCUCCAAUCCAGGUCGGCAUCGCACAAUACGGCGGAAGGUACUUCCACCUCAAGGAGAGUUAUUAUGGUGUGAAUCAUGAGAAGCUCUCGAGUGUCAAGGAUAAGUAUGAUCCUGCGCAUGUGUUCUACGCGUUGACGGCUGUCGGGAGUGAUUAUUGGGUGCCGCAGGAUGAUGCGAGGUUGUGUAGAGCUGUGUGA